AUGGCGCUCUUCCGCAAGUUCUUCCUCAAAAAGACCCCGGAUCGGCUGCUCGAGAUCUCCGAGCGCGUCUACGGUAUAAUGCUCGCCACUCUCCGUCGAGCUGUGUUUGACUGCUGCUUCUCGACUGAUUCCAUGGGUGAGGAUGAGUACCGGGAUUACUUGAGUGGCAUUGUUGCGCAGUUACAGGAAUUUUUUCCGGAUGCAUCAUUUAUGGUAUCCAAUUUUUGGUCUGGGGACAAAAGAAGCCAGAUUUCAGAUAUAUUAUCUGAGUAUGACAUGACAGUAAUGGACUACCCACAACAGUAUGAAGGAUGUCCGUUGCUUCAGCUUGAGAUGAUCCACCAUUUCUUGAAAUCAUGUGAAAAUUGGCUAUCAGUGGAAGGGCAGCAUAACAUGCUUUUGAUGCAUUGUGAGAGAGGGGGCUGGCCAGUGCUUGCAUUCAUGUUGGCUGGACUGCUUUUGUAUCGCAAAACAUACACUGGUGAGCAGAAGACAUUAGAUAUGGUCUACAAGCAGGCUCGAAGGGACUUUAUACAGCAGUUCUUUCCCUUGAAUCCUCAGCCUUCACAUUUGAGAUAUUUGCACUAUAUAACAAGACAAGGAGGUGGUUCAGAAUGGCCUCCUAUUAGCAGACCCCUCAUCUUGGAUUCAGUAGUUCUCCAUGUUGUUCCACGGUUUGACGCAGAUGGUGGUUGUAGGCCAUAUUUGCGUGUACAUGGGCAAGACUCAAGUCCUGGUAACAAGAGUGCAAAGGUCCUUUAUGAGAUGCCAAAAACAAAGAAGCAUCUUCAGCGUUAUGGACAGGCAGAAGUCCCUAUAAAAUUAAGUGCAUUCUGCCGUGUUCAUGGAGAUGUGGUACUUGAAUUCAUCCAUAUUGGCGAUAACAUGGAGCACAAGGAAACAAUGUUCCGGGUCAUGUUCAACACUGCAUUCAUUCAAUCAAACAUCCUUGGACUGAAUCGUGAUGAUAUUGAUGUUGCUUGGAAUGUGAAUAAUCAGUUCCCAAGGGACUUCCGAGCUGAGGUACACUUUUCGGACCCUGAUUCAUUCAAGCUUGCUGCUACCGUUGAGGAGGUAGCUGAUGAUGGAGAUGAGACCGAUGUUGCUUCGGUAGGAGAGGAGUUUUAUGAAGCAGAGGAGGAUUGGCAUGAUGCAAGAAAAGACCCAGAAACUCAGUCAACUGAUGGUGGAGUAUCAUUAGAUGGCAUUGCAGAAUUUGAUGGUGGGGUGGCAACUGAAGAAAGGAGCAGCCUAGAGAAGCACCGAUCUGAUGAGGGUGUGAAGAUUGUUGUCUCCCAGAAUUUAGGUAGCAUGAAUGAGAAAGGGGCAAGUGCACCUACCUCAAGUUUUGAGAACCAAGAAGGUUUGCAGCAGCCCCGUGAAGUUCUUGCAAAUGCUAAACUAAACAACAUUAAUGGCCAAGAGAACAGUGAUGUGCAUGAUAUACAGGUGGUUGCUACAUCUGUUGAUUCAGAGGGACACAAGUUUGGAUCUACCUGUCAGGAGGACACGAAAGGUGUAAUUGCACAAACUUUAGUCACGACAGUUGAUCCAAGUGGCAGUGAUGAAAUUCAAUGCCAGGCUGAUGAACAAACAAAAAUCUCGGAAUACCCUGAUUUGGACUACACUGCUUUUGGCUCUUCUAGAAGUUUGACAUGUACAGAUGGGGAUACCCACUUGAGAACUACGAAAAAUGAAGGGUUGCAGAACGGUGAUAUCAAGAUUAUCACUGAGAAGACAAUAAGUAUGGACAAUGAGCUAGUGAUCUAUGAAGAGAAAACUAUAGUUGUCAAUGGUAAUACUAUACAGGAAGUAAAAAACGUUGUCAAUGAAAAGAGCAUUGCGGCGAAGAUAGACAAACCAAUUAUUGAGAGUAGGAACUCACUGGACAACAACAGUGGCAAGAUUCAAACCGCUAAACCUUCCAAUACAGCCAAUGGCAAAUUGGAUGGGUGUAGAUUAGAAUCUUGCCUUGAGGAAACCAUACCUACAAAGAAAACCACUGUCCAUGACAGAAUUGUUGUCUUGCCAGCCACUGAAGUAGCAACUGAGAUAAAAGCCAAGCAAGAGGGGCUUGGUGACAAACAGGAUUUUGGUAUAGCUCCUCCUCAAAGUCGAACAGUAGCCAGGGCAAGGAGUCCAAGGCUUGAAAGUGAUGACCGAGGGCAAAUCCCUGAUAAAGCUGUGUCAUCAAUAUUGAAGAAGAUGGCGGUAGGCAAUGUAAAGACGGAAGAGCAACCAAAGCUUGCCAAACCAAAAACAAUACGUAGAUGGAUCUCACCAAAGAAGGAAUCUGAUGCUACCUCUGUGCAUAGGCCAUCUCACCCUCCAUCUAGAUACCACAGUUCACCAGCUGCACUGGCUAUUCAAUCCAUGUCUACAGAUGGUAAAAUCAGUGUUGUGAAUGAUGCACCUUUAUUAUCACUGAAACAACCAUAUGGCAACAACUUGACACGAGAAGCAAAAUCUGCACCGUCUGCUCCAUCGUCUCCACAACAAUCCUUGUUAUCAGGUUUACAAAGUGCAUCAAGAAGCCAGGUUUCUCCACCUCCUCCACCUCCACCUCCACCUCCAACCAACUAUUCUUCAAGUUCUAUGCCUAUGCACAGGGGGCUAGCUUCAACAGGUCCACCACCACCUCCGCCCCCUCCAGUUGCUCGCUCUGGACCUCCACCUCCUCCACCCCCUCCAGGUGCAAGUGCUCCACCUCCACCUCCACCUCCACCUCCUCCAGGUGCACAGCCAGGAGCUCCACCACCUCCUCCUCCUCCAGGUUCACGACCAGGAGCUCCACCACCACCGCCUCCUCCAGGAGCGCGACCAGGAGCUCCACCUCCCCCAACCCUGCCUGGAGGUGGUGGAAGAGGACCUCCGCCACCUCCUGCACCUGGAGGGCGUCUUGGUGGCCCUCCUCCACCUCCACCACCAGGUGGACGUGCACCAGGUGCGCCAGCUCCACCUAGAGCACCAGGUGUACCGCCACCACCAGGAAGUAAUCCAUCCUUAGGCAGAGGACGUGGGGCUGUACGCCCUGUGGGAUCGGCUUAUGGGGCUGCUGCCUCACGCAAGUCAACGUUGAAGCCAUUGCACUGGGUCAAAGUGACAAGGGCCCUUCAAGGUAGUCUGUGGGAAGAAUUGCAGCGCAAUGAUGACUCGCAGAGUGUUUCAGAGUUCGAUAUAUCAGAACUUGAGAGCCUUUUUCCUGCAGCUGUUCCAAAGUCCGACAACAACUCAAAAUCUGAACGUAGAAAAUCGCUUGGAUCAAGACCAGAAAAAGUGCACCUAAUUGAGUUGAGGAGGGCAAACAACACAGAGAUCAUGCUGACAAAAGUUAAGAUGCCACUCUCGGAUUUGGUGAGUGCAGCUCUCGCCCUAGAUCAAUCUACCCUAGAUGUUGAUCAAGUGGAGAAUCUCAUAAAGUUCUGUCCUACGAAAGAAGAAAUGGAGCUUCUAAAGAAUUACACCGGAGACAAACAAAAUCUUGGGAAAUGUGAACAGUUUUUCUUAGAAUUGAUGAAAGUGCCUAGAAUGGAGUCGAAAUUACGAGUAUUCUCCUUCAAGAUCCAGUUUGGUUCACAAGUUGCUGAUCUUAGAAAAAGCUUGAAUAUUAUAGAUUCUUCUUGUAAUGAGAUCCGAACUUCUCUCAAGUUGAAAGAAAUAAUGAAGAAAAUCCUUCUCCUUGGGAAUACUCUGAACCAGGGAACUGCUAGAGGUGCUGCGGUUGGCUUCCGGUUGGACAGUCUUCUAAAACUUACAGAUACCCGGGCAACAAAUAAUAAGAUGACAUUAAUGCACUACCUCUGUAAGGUACUUGCUGCAAGAUCUCCACAGCUUUUAAACUUCUAUGUGGAUCUUGUUAGCUUAGAUGCUGCAUCAAAGAUACAACUAAAAAUGUUGGCUGAGGAAAUGCAAGCAGUUAGUAAAGGGCUGGAAAAGGUUCAGCUUGAGUAUGAUGCUUCAGAAAGGGAUGGUCCAGUAUCCGAAAUUUUUCGUGAGAAACUGAAAGAGUUCACCGACAAUGCUGGAGCUGAUGUGCAGUCGUUAUCUUCAUUGUUUUCUGAAGUGGGUAAAAAGGCUGAUGCACUGAUUAAGUAUUUUGGUGAGGAUCCUGUUCGUUGCCCCUUUGAACAAGUAAUCUCUACCCUCUUAACAUUUGUAACAACAUUUCGAAAAGCACAUGAGGAGAACCUGAAGCAAGCUGAGCUUGAGAAGAAAAAAGCUGAAAAAGAGGCAGAAGCAGAGAAGUCCAAAAACGCACAAUUAACUAGCAAAAAUGACUCUAAACCAUCAAAUCCAAGCCGGCAAGCUAAACAAACCUUAGAGAGGACAAGGCCUGCAAGCAGACGAGGAAGAGACGUUGGGUGA